AGAAUUCAGGACCUAGCGUAGCAAAUUUAUCAGAAGUAGAUACUAAAGAAUUGGAUCAUGUUGUUCAAACAAACAAAAAAAAUAAAAGAGGGCAGCCAAAAAAUCCACUUUGGAAUUAUUUUGUUGAAAUUAAUCAUCAAGAAAGUGGGCAUAAAGGUUGGAAAUCUAUUUUUUUUGGAUUUUUGUUAAAAUUUAUACAUUCAUAUAAACCACCUAAUCGAAAAACUUUAAGUAAUAAUUGGCUUAAUUAUGAAACAGCACGUAUAACAAUUGCAAUUAAGAAAGAACUUGAAAAUGAAAAUAACCUCACAUUAGCUUUGGAUAGUUGGACUAGUAAUUGUGGACAUUCAUAUUUUGCUUUUAUUAUUAUAAUUUCUAAUAAAAAGCAAUAUGUGUACUCGAUAAAAAAUUAUUCUAUCAAUUCUCAUACAGCAAUUUUUACAGCUGAUGAAAUAGAAAAGGUUUUAAUUAAUAUUGGUAUUGAUAAAUUUGGUGCUGUUGUAUCUGAUAGUGCAUUUGCAAUGUCAUUAGCAAAGCAAUAUAUUUCUAAUAAAUAUUCUAAAAUAUUACCAGUUCAGUGUAUUGCUCAUCAUAUUCAGUUAAUUUGUAGUGAUAUAAUCUGCAAAACCUCAUUUGGAAAAAAAGUAUUACAACAAUGUCAAUCAUUUGUUAUAUAUUUUCAUGCAUCUUAUCAAUCUGGCACAAUUUUGCGUAAUGAAAUAAUUAAUUUUAUGAUAAAUAAAGGAGGGUUAAAAAGUUCUGAUUGUUCACGUUGGUCAUCUGCAUAUGAUUGUGUACAAUCAGUUCUCAAUUUAGAAAAUUGUAUUAAACAG